GUGGCUGGAGAAUUGCAUUCAGGCGGAGAUAGGCUUAAAGUGGAAUGGGGCGCCGCCGGCGGAGCGAGGACGAAGGAGGAUGGAGCUGCUGGGAAAGAAGCGCAGGCACGGUCUGGCACGGUGCUACGCAUUUGAUCGGAGCCUGUACACAUUUGUUCAUAAGCCACCCGCCGGUCACCAGACCCGCCCAACUGCCUCCCGCUGCCCCUCUCUCACCCCCGCUCUCGCUUCCACCCACUCACCACGCACAUAACGUUGAACCUGCUGCCGACGUCGAACACACCCAUGGCGCCCGUCUCAAGCUCACCCACCCAGCCCAUCGCAAUUGAAGGCCACGGCCGCCGCCGUUCGUCCUCCGUCUCUGAGUCCUCUGACUCAUCCGCCUCGCCGACAACGCCCCUCGCGCCUGGCGCAGGCGCGAGUAUGGGCAAUCCACCGCGCAUCGCGCCGAUCUCGCCGUCGACGUCGCCUACUAUCCUGUCCUACUUUCUCGGCCAGUCCUCGCCCAAGUCUCCCUCAAGUACCUUCCCCUUCCGGCGCCCGCUCGCGCCCCCUGUCGUCGAAGACGAGUAUCCCUACGGCCAGCAGCCGGUCCCGUCGAAGCAUGCCCGCCGCGCCAGCACCAAUUGGGCCGGUGCCGAACGCUUCGUACAGGGAUCCGCGCCGCCCCCGCCUGAACAGCAUGACAGGGCCGCGGGUAUGCUCCGCCGCCUCUCUCUCGGCGGUGCUCUCGCAAGGCCACAGAUUCCUCCGUUCGUUGGGAAGUCGACGGGCAACGGAGGCCGAGUGGAGCACGGCUCGACUCCGCCGCCGAAUUCGCCUGCUACGCCGACGACUGCACAGGCCAUGAACGGGUCGGCGCCGGCGAAUGCGCAAAGAAGGCCGAGGAGGGCACAUACGAUUAGUCCCGGGUCACAGAGGCAGCCGCGUGCACCAUCGCCGAUGGGCGAGCGGAUUUUGAAGGGGCACUUUGAUGGUUUCAACUGAGCCGAUGUUGGGCGAUAUCUCUGCGGCCUCACCUCUGCGCGUUUCAUCCUCCGCCGUGUUUGCUCUGCUCCCCUUGCUAAGCUGGUGGACCUCCACGAUACCCCUCGCCAAGUGUCGUUCGCAAACGAUAACUCCUUUGGAUAGCCCUCCAAAAGUAAACGGCCGUGCUGCUUCGCAUAUUUUACACUCUUCUGCAGCCAUCUGCGCUGCCUCUGUUUCCCGCUCUCGGCUCUCAAGUUCAAAACCCGCCGCUUGCGUCUCUACCUCCUCUCCGCGCGUCUCCCCUGCCCACUAUCGACCACUGUAUUUGCA